AUGAGUUCUGAAAAAGUUUUUGAUUACCAUGAAGAAUCUCAAGCUCAGCGCUUGGCCAGGAAGUCCAAAGACUCGCCCUUCAUGAUCCUAGGGAUCGCUGGGUUAAUAGGCAUGUGUGGCUAUGGAGUCUAUCAAUUCAGAAACAAGGGAAAAAUGAGCACAAGUGUAUUCCUUAUGCAACUGAGAGUAGCAGCACAAGGAACAGUGGUAGCGUCACUGACUCUAGGCUUGGGUUACAAUUUGCUAUCACGAUACUUUGUAAAAGAUGAUAAAAAGGAAUAA